AUGCCUGUGAUGAAGGGAUUACUUGCACCGCAGAACACCUUUCUGGACACCAUCGCCACGCGCUUUGAUGGCACGCACAGCAACUUCAUACUGGCCAACGCUCAGGUGUCCAAGGGCUUCCCCAUCGUCUACUGCUCCGAUGGCUUCUGCGAGCUCACGGGCUUCUCCAGGGCGGAGGUCAUGCAGAAGAGCUGCGCGUGCAAGUUCCUGUACGGCCCCGAGACCAGCGAAGGCAUCAUCCUCAGCAUCAACGACGCCUUGGAAGGGCGCAAGGAGUUCAAGGAUGAGAUCAUGUUUUAUAAAAAGACAGUGGUGCUCUUCUGGUGCCUGCUGGACAUUGUACCAAUUAAGAAUGAAAAGGGAGACGUGGUGCUGUUUCUGGCUUCAUUUAAGGACAUCACAGACAUUAAAGCCAAAGCCAUUCAAGAGGACAAGAAGGAAGAGCGGCGGCGUGGCAGGAUGAAGACCGGGUCUCCGUUCAGCUCGGCUCGCAUGCGCAGCAGCACGGUUCUCUACCACGUGUCUGGACACCUCCACAGCCGAGAGAAGAGCAAAAUCAAGCUCAACAAGAAUGUAUUUGGCGACCCUCCCGCCCUCCCAGAGUACAAGGUAGCAGACGCCAAAAAGUCCAAAUUCAUCCUGCUGCAUUACAGCACGUGCAAAGCCGGCUGGGACUGGCUAAUCCUGCUCGCCACUUUCUAUGUGGCGGUCACCGUGCCAUACAACGUGUGCUUCAUCGGCGACGACGACGACCUGACUCGCAGCACGACCGUCAGCGACAUCGCCGUGGAGAUUCUCUUCAUUUUGGAUAUUGUUUUCAAUUUCCGCACCACUUAUGUCAGCAAGUCAGGUCAGGUGAUCUUUGACGCGCGGCAGAUUUGCAUUCACUACCUGACCACCUGGUUCAUCAUCGACCUGGUGGCUGCAUUGCCCUUUGACCUGCUUUACGCCUUUAAAGUCAGCGUGGUGUCUGUAGUGCACUUGCUAAAAACAGUGCGCCUGCUGCGCUUGCUACGCCUCCUGCAGAAAAUGGACCGCUACUCGCAUCACAGCACCGUGGUUCUCACCCUGCUCAUGUCCAUGUUUGCCCUGCUGGCCCACUGGAUGGCCUGCAUCUGGUACAUCAUCGGCAAGAUGGAGAUGGAGGCCAACGCCUACAACUGGGACAUUGGAUGGCUGCACGAGCUGGCUAAGCGCCUGGAGUCGCCGUACUUCGCCAUCGGAAACGUAAACAGCACCGCCAGCGGCCCUUCCAUCCGCAGCAUUUACGUGGCCUCGCUUUACUUUACCCUCAGCAGCCUCACCAGCGUGGGCUUUGGAAACGUGUCGGCCAACACUGACACUGAGAAGAUCUUUUCCAUUUGCGUCAUGCUCAUAGGAGCGCUGAUGCAUGCCUUGGUCUUCGGCAAUGUAACAGCCAUAAUCCAGAGAAUGUACUCCCGCUGGUCCCAGUACCACACCAGGACCAAAGACCUGAAGGACUUUAUCCGUGUCCAUCACCUGCCGCACAGCCUGAAGCAGCGAAUGUUGGAGUAUUUUCAGACAACCUGGUCAGUCAACAACGGCAUCGACUGUAAUGAGCUGCUGAAGGACUUCCCGGAUGAGCUGCGCUCGGACAUCACCAUGCACCUGAACAAGGAGAUCCUGGAGCUGUCUCUCUUUGCCUCAGCCAGCCGGGGUUGCCUGAGAUCGCUGUCGCUGCACAUCAAGACGACCUUCUGCGCUCCUGGAGAGUACCUCCUCCGAGAGGGCGACGCUCUGCAGGCCAUCUUCUUCGUGUGCUCUGGGAGCAUGGAGGUCCUGAAGGACGGCAUGGUUUUGGCCAUACUUGGUAAAGGGGAUCUGAUCGGAGCGAACCUGUCCUUAGACGACCGAGUGAUAAAAACCAACGCGGACGUGAAAGCUCUCACCUACUGUGACCUGCAGUGUAUUCAUCUGAAGGGUCUUUACGAGGUGCUGGACCUUUACCCGGAGUACUCGCACCACUUUGUCCAGGACAUCCAGCAAGAUCUCACAUACAACCUGAGGGAGGGACAAGAGACACACGUGAAGGCCAGACUGUCAACAUUAACUGCAGAUCCUCAGUCAGGUGUGAAGAGAAACGGCCGCCUUUUUCAGGGUUAUGCUCCUCUCGCCGAGGCCCAGGGGGAGCACGACAAGGACAAGCGGGAGGAGGAUGAUUGUCUCUCGUCGGAGCAGAACCGAGUGCGGAACCUCAGGGGCACCGGCGGGUCGUCUCCGGCGGGCGGAAGAAGCGGCGGUCGGAGCUCUGAGACGUCUCGGAGGACAAGCAAGGAUAUUACACUCCUCACUUUGGACCCUGCCAACCUGAGCCCCAGGAUGGUGGACAGCACAGAGGACAAUGAGGGCGUCUCUUCCAGCCGCGGUUGCCGUGACGACGACCCCAAGAGCGCCUGGGCAUCCGGCACAGACAUGCCACACGUCAGCCUGGCGCAGUUUGCGGCCAAAGCAGACGAGACGAGAGGACAGCUGCGACAUCUUAACCAGCAGGUGUUCCACCUGGGCAGGGAAGUUUCAGACCUGGGCCAGAUGAUGAAGAGGAUGUCCCAGCUCAUGGAGACCCUGAUGUCACCCGGAGCCCAGGCGGGACUGGUGUGCUCCCCGGGUCACCACAUGUUCCAGCCGCACACUUCAUGUCUUCCUUCCCCGCCCUUGUCUCAGACUGCCUCCGUCUGGACGGACACGCCCACGUCCCUGCCGCCCCCCUGGCGGCCCGGACCCCGGGACCUUCCCUUUCCUUCCCCCGUCAUGGCGGCAGAAGCCGGCCUGACGUCCUCGCCCCUCAGCUCGCCCGAGACAUGUCGACAAGGCCAGGACGGGCUUUCUACCUCCAUCAGGUCAAGGGCAUGCGGUCCACCUCCGCGGGACGGGGGGUAUGCAAGACUUCAUGGAGGCUCCGGGUGCUCGCUUCAGUCUGGACCUUUGGAGAACUUCCAGAAACAAGCCAAGACUUUGUAGCAUUUGCUUUUUCUUCCCCACGCUCCUUUUUUGGGGAAUGACCUCACAGUUGGAGGAUAUGUGCGGGGUUGCCAGAUCCCCCAAUGCAUGCACACAAGGUAGUGCUCGCUUAGCGCAUUUUACUGUUAGCCUAGACUCCCCCUCCUUAUUUUAUUAAGCAAUACAGAGCAUAUUCAUGAGUGGACACCAAGCUUUGCAAAGAUUCAAAUAACACUGACAGUUUUGUCCAACUAUUAUUAACCCUUUAUUCUUCCUAACCUGCCAAAAUCUCCCCAAACGUGUCCCCAGGUUUUAUCUUACAUUGCCAAUGAAAAGUUGAAUAACUUCAAAACUAUACAAGUUAGACAUAAAAAUGGCAUCACAGACGUUUGGGAGACUUUGAUAAGGUGAACAAUAAGACGUUAAAAUUAGAGAUGUCCGAUAUCGGACUGCCGAUAUUAUCGGCCGAUAAAUGCUUUAAAAUGUAAUAUCGGAAAUUAUCGGUAUCGGUUUCAAAAAGUAAAAUGUAUGACUUCUUAAAACGCCGCUGUGUACACGGACGUAGGGAGAAGUACAGAGCGCCAAUAAACCUUGAAGGCACUGCCUUUGCGUGCCGGCCCAAUCACAUAAUAUCUACAGCUUUUGACACACACAAGUGAAUGCAAGGCAUACUUGGUCAACAGCCAUACAGGUCACACUGAGGGUGGCCGUAUAAACAACUUUAACACUGUUACAAAUAUGCGCCACACUGUGAACCCACACCAAACAAGAAUGACAAACACAUUUCGGGAGAACAUCCGCACCGUAACACAACAUAAACACAACAGCACAAAUACCCAGAACCCCUUGCAGCACUAACUCUUCCGGGACGCUACAAUAUACACC